GAGUAGAAGGCGCGAAGGUUCGAUUUGCUAAAAAGGUCAAUAACGGUGGGGUUUAUUCCAGGGUCUUCGUCCGAGGGGCAAAAACUCAAUCGUAAGCACGAGCUGGCGUGAGUUUCAAAAGUUUCAAAAAGUUUCAAAAGCCGUGACUUCUCCGUCGCAAACUUACUAUUUCUUUACUUUUAAAUCCACUUCUUUCAUUUAGCUUCUACUUAACAACCACAUCUUUUUUUAUACCGAAGGACGGUUACAUCUAAAUCGUCGGUCUCGACUCUCGACUGCAGCUGGACUCGGUGUUCGUUCGACUUACUCCACUCUCCUACAGGUCAACUUGAACUUGACACCUGCGCCUCUUAAGUCGAACCGACUUCCUGCAAUCCGCUCAACCCGACAUCUCCAAUCUCCAAUUCGCAUCCUUUUUUUUCUCUCUCCGUCCAAUUCAACAUAAAUUCAGCAAGAUGUCCUUCUCAAGUCUUGUUCAGGACCUCACAAUUCGGGAUGUCAAUACCCCACGUCAGCCCCGAGGUACCACUUCAGUUUCUACAAUGGACGACGGCGCUUCCCAGAUCUCUCGAGCGAAAUCGUACGCAAGCACAGCGGCCACAAGUGUGAGCAUUGCCGGCAACAUCUCCAGUCAACUUCAUAGCGGUUACCACCAUCCUCUUGCACGAGCAUGGCAAGCUGAGCGCCAAUUGACCAAGUCGAUGUUAAUUUACCCUAUCUUCAUUUCGGAUAUCGAGAACGAUGAAUCCCUAAUUCCCUCCCUUCCUGGCCAAAGACGCUGGGGAUUGAAUAAGUUGGUUCCGUUUCUAGAACCCUUGGUGCGCAAGGGCCUUCGAUCAGUCAUCCUCUUCGGAGUCCCUCUCAAACCCGGUACCAAAGAUGCUUUAGGCACUGCAGCCGACGAUCCGAGCGGUCCAGUCAUUCAAGGGAUCCGCUUGUUGCGACAGAGAUUCCCUCACCUCUAUAUCACCGUUGACGUCUGCCUUUGCGAAUACACAUCACAUGGUCACUGUGGUAUCCUCAAGGAUGAUGCGACUUUAAACAAUCAAUUGUCUGUAGAUCGAAUCUCCGACGUUGCUGUUGCCUACGCCCUGGCUGGCGCCCACUGUGUCGCACCAUCCGACAUGAACGACGGUCGUAUCCACGCUAUCAAGGCUAAGUUGAUAGAGGAGGGAAUUGCACACAAGAUUACUUUAAUGUCAUAUGCUGCCAAGUUCUCUGGCUGUCUGUAUGGUCCCUUCAGAGACGCAGCUGGCUCGGCGCCUUCGUUUGGUGACCGAAAAUGCUACCAGCUGCCACCUGGAGGACGCGGACUUGCACGACGAGCCAUACUUCGAGAUAUUGAAGAGGGAGCUGAUAUUAUUAUGGUGAAGCCGGCCGCUCAAUAUCUCGACAUUAUUAGUGACGCAAAGGAGCGAAGCGAGGGUCGUCCCGUUGCCGCUUACCACGUGAGCGGAGAGUACGCGAUGGUUCACGCUGCUGCAAAAGCCGGCGUGUUCGAUCUCAAAACGAUGGCAUUCGAAGUAACUGAAGGCAUACUUCGAGCAGGCGCUUCUAUUGUUAUCAGCUACUUUACGCCUGAUUUCCUGGACUGGUUAGACAACUAGUUGGCUUGAUAAGAUAGAUGGAAGCAUCAUGUUUGUAAUAGGAGUUGCCGGCGUUUCUGGGAGGGUUGUGUAUGACGAGAAAAACGACAUCACGCAUAGAUUUGCAUCCGCUGUUUUUAUAGCGACUAUACCAUUUACUACUGAAACAAAUGAAUUUAAAAUCUCUAUCAUAUUGACUAA